AUGUCAACUAUUACAGUCAUUGGAUCGUUGAAUUACGACUUGGUCACCUUCACCAAUAAGGUGCCAGCGGGAGGAGAGACUUACCAAGCCAAUAGCUUUGAAAAUCAUCUUGGUGGGAAAGGUCUCAAUGAAGCCUUAGCAGCAGCCAGAUUAUCCAGUGGAGCAACACAUAAGGUUCGUAUGGUUGGUAAUAUUGGGGAUGAUUCAUUUGGGAAAGAGUUGAAGCAAGCAUUGGUUGAUGCCAAGGUUGACACCGAGUAUAUUAAGACCAUUAAGAAUCAGUCAUCGGGGGUAGCAGUUAUUUUAGUUGAAGAAGAAAGUGGUGAAAACCGUAUAUUGAUUACUGCUGGUGCCAAUGGUGACUUGAAACCCACUCAACAAGAGUAUCAAACGUAUUUUUCACAAGUUGACGGGGAUCAGUACGUUAUCUUACAAAAUGAAUACCCCCAUACGAUUGAAUCUAUCAAUUGGAUUCAUGCCAAUCAUCCAAAGAUCAAUAUAUCCUAUAAUCCAUCGCCAUAUAAGCCUGAAUUGAUUACCGAGAAAACCUGGGCUCAGAUUGAUUUAUUGAUUGUCAAUGAAGGUGAAGCACUUGACGUUGCUGCCAAUUUGUUAUCAUCAAAAGAGAGCGAUGAGUUUAAAACCACUAUUGAAAACGAUAAAGUCAAAGGGUUCAGUCAAUUAGCCGGCAAAUUGCAACAGCUUAUCAAUCCAAAAAAUGUUAGCACUGUGGUGAUCACCAUGGGUUCAGCAGGAUCAAUCUAUACCAGUAAAGAAAUUGAACCAACCUUUGCCCCAUCCGUCAAAGUAGAUAAAGUUAUUGAUACUACUGGAGCUGGUGAUACUUUUUUCGGAGGGGUUGUUCUGCAAUUAGCAGCUGGUGAAUCGUUACCAACAGCGAUCAAGUUUGCCACUAUAGCAAGUAGUAUUGUUAUUCAAAAGAAAGGUGCAGCCGAAAGUAUUCCUACCAUUGAAGAUGUAAAGAAGCAUUUAUAG